CCUUAGUAUGGCUUGUUUUACAUAAUUCACAGAACCUGUGUGGUUUGCAAUUUGUGUGGGCCGCUUUGUGUCUCAUUAUGAAAAAAUCAAUUCAUAGGCGAGGAGGGCUAGAAGGGAUUAAAGCACCACACAAGUGGUCAGAGUCAACAUCGCAUGUGCGUCGACACGUUUGUGCAGCCACUUGACAUCUCUGCCCGUUCAAGAGGGUCUUGCGCGGCGGGGGGUUUUCUACAUCGAGAAUAAGUAAGUUACGCAGGAGUUUCUGGAGCAAAUAAAACUGGCACGAGAUGUUCGGGCUCGCGGACCGGUUUGACAAGCCCGCGGCCUACAGCCCCGGCCCCGGACACUACGAACACCGGAGCGCUUUUGGCACCAAGGGAAGCGACGAUCUCACCACGCAGCUCGUCCAGAAGCUGUACCAACUGCCCAACGAUCCGCUGAACCUAACCUCCAUCAGCGUCCGGUCGACGAGAUGUAAUGAAAAAUGAGCUUAAUAUUCAACGAUAGAGCUGCUCGUGGACACGACUUUCAUAGAAUUCCAGCUGACCUCAGAUCUUGUGCGUUUUUACGACAUUGACCCAGAAGAAACAAAGUGCAGUUCUAGAUGUUGGGAGAAUCUAUCUACUCUUCGGCCUAAAUCAGACAGAGACAGCUAGCGGCCACUGAUUUACAUCAAAUUUUUUAUACGGAGUAACAAACUAACACAGCAACACACUUCGACGACUCGCUGGCGGCCAGGGUAGCGCGCUUGGAGACCUCCCUCAAUUGCAACAGAACCUCUGCGUGCGCGCCGGGCAGGAGACGAGGCGGCGGACCUUCCGGGGUAAGAUUGAUUUUCUGCUGAUUGUAGCGUCGUGAUUCGUACUCGUGAUUCGUUUAUAAUUGCGUGCAUGAUAAAAAGCGACAUUCACAUUUGUACUUCUGUAGCAUGAGCUACCGCAUCCUGCAUAUCACGAUUAAACAGGUUCUCGCAUCGUCGUCGACGGAAUUCCAAAGCGCACAGGACGCCGGCUUCCAGCGACAUUCCUGGCUUGCGGGAGAGUUGAGCGGCGACGUGUAAGAAAUUAUUCUGAUACGUGCUUAUCUCGUCCUCCAAUAAAUAGUUUUUUUUGCCAUCUGGAAUUGCGAUUCUUUUUUAGGAUUGUUGCAGAUGCUCCUUGCAUCUCACACGAAAUUUUUAUUUGUCGUGCGUCGCAUCUUUGAUUUAAUUGUUGAAGAGGGCGCACGCGCACGCUUUGUUUCUCAUGGGUCAGGAAUACUACAGAGAGAAGAUAAAACUAAAACCGGAAUGAAAACUAAACAUAAAAAACAUCAGCUUUUGCUUUAAGUCCACGAACACGCCCAUAAACAUCGGCCCGGGGAGCUACAGUUCCAUGCAAUCCACCGCCCCGGAGAAGGUGAUUCCGAAAAGUCACAACUACCUGGUGCAACGAAGCGAGGAGAUCGCGCGGAACCGACGAGAUCUGUGGAUCCAGAAGCGACUGCACACCGGCGCAGCUCCGAGUCCGUUCAGCAUGAUGAAUGGGGACAAAUCUUUAUCGCUCAGCUAUACCCAGUUCGGAAACGGCGGUAUGUCGGUCCAGCAAGUAGGUGGACCACUACAGAUGAACCCGCCGAUGGUAUCAAAAUGAAAAAUCCCCCCUCCCCAUAUCAAAACGAAAAUUUGUGAUGCUGAUUUGUGACCACAAAUCGGCUUUGUAUUGCAGAGAGGCACUGCGGCCAGAUCCCCAGGCUAGGUAGGGGCGUAUGGGUCUAGUAGUUCAGCAUGGCAAACGGCCCCCCUUUAGGCCCAGCAGCAUGACAAAUCGCUUCCAUAAUGGGGCGGAAGCUUCUGCCCUUGUCUUCUUGCAAGACAGAUGUGAUUUGUGACCUCAAAUCCCCAACGCAAAUUUUUAGAAGCAUGCCUUUUCAAUAUGGGGGGGGGGAUUUUUCCUCUCAAUAGAUGGUGACGAACGUGCCGCAAUCGGCGUCAGACCAGCAGCCCGCGGUCUACCCCCCGCCGAUGGGCAGCGGACCGCAGCAGCCACCCAUGGUGUACUACUCCGACCCGCCGGCGAACCCCCUGCAGCUUGCAGGCGCAUCGAAGAGUAGCCGCACGGUGGACCUGCAUCACGCGCGGGGGGACAACAUGCAGCUCCAAGCGGAAAAUUAUAUCAACAAACCGAGCAGCGAACAGCAAGGGGUAGAGCAAGUACAACAGCAGUUCCAGUCUACUGCUCUCCAGCAGCCACCACCGAUGAUAAACGGGGUGCAAAUUAUAUCGGGAACGCAGCCCGCGAUGUCCAGUUCCUACGUGCCCGGCGCUGGCCCACCAUCUACUUCGGGAGUCUCGCCCGUGGCUGUGCAACAGCACUUGCAGCAUCAACAGCACCAGCACCCCGGAGUCACGCAGAGCCACGUGCCGCGAACGAUCAACUACAAUGACGAUCACGUUUCCCCCCACCAGUCACAGAACUCGCAGUUGCAGGAGGACAAGAAUCCGUUUUCAGCUGCGCACCAAGCCGCGACAGCGGGGUAUCACGGCUACGGAUCGGUGCCGGAGCCGAUGGGCAGCAGCAGUAGUGGUUUUCAUGACCACAGUGCUCCGACAAGUCGCAAUCAGCGUCAGCAACUAUAUGGCCGUACUAACUACGGAUUUGUCAAGUAGUCCAAAAAAUUUCAGGGUCCGCGCGUGAUGGUAUCAGAGGAGGCAGCACAGCUCACGCAUAAAGGCCUCCUUGUAUUUUUUUGCAUCGUCCGAUCCUUAAGCUAGCUAGUUAGGAAGGCGGGCCGCUUCCAGUAUCCCCGAGGUCCUGGUACAUAAAUUCGUGUCGGAGCGGGGGGCUAGCCCGCAACCCCGAGCACCGGCAACAAGCGGCACAGGCUCCACGCAACGAAAAAGCUUCCGGGAAACGAAGGCCGUGGCAACCUGGCUGGCAAGACAAGAGCCAUUCUUUUAGGACUCGCGACACAGUUCCGACGCACAGUGUCAGGACUCCACGCAAGACGGCUAUGCGAUCGUGAGAAAACGGCGCCAGGCCUGACCCCAACAAAAGAAGGGCACUGGCAGCGGCUUCUCCCACAGGCUGGGCGCACUGUUCAUGGCCCCCCGCUUGCUUGGCUCGCCUCGCCUGACACUCACAAACGAAAUGCAGGACGACCCGGCUAUCGCGCACUUGCAUACACCUGCCAAAGCCCCCGCUAAAGAUUGCAGGCCACUGCCUCCGGGGGUGCUUGGGUUGGGUAAUUUGCCUGGCGCCCAUUGCAGCGGUCCCAAUCCUUCAAAAGCGGGGUAGCCGGUGCCCGGCAAAGCUCGGCCCCCAUCAAAGACGUGGCCAAAGCAAAACCUCAGAAACUAAGCAGCCUGCCCCACAUCGCGACGGCCCUCGCAAAAAACCCAACGCGGGCGCACCUCCGGGCGGGCCGGCUAGCGCUAGUGUGGCUGCGCUACUGAAGCGCGGCCCGCCUGGUUCGGCGCCCACUGCUUUAUGCAAAAGCAGGUGGGCGCAGCGCAGAAGCAAAAAACCCGGCAGGUGUGGACUAGGGCGAAAAUUGAAGGGGAAGGUGGGGGGCCUGAUAUUUCCAGCGAAGGGGGGGUGGUGGGUUGAAAAGAGCAGCGGGAAGACUGGGUCUGCCACGCAUCCUCUGUCGAAGGGGCUGCGCGGGACGUGUCGGAAGAACUGCGCAGCACCAUCGUGGAUGUGACACAGGGCCACAGUUUCAACGCCUUCUGCCUCGUCGAAGAGUUCGGGGUCUUCACCUACAGCCCCGUCGCACAUUGGGAGGGCAAGAAGCUCUGGGAAGCCCCUUGGCUUCUCUUGGGGGUGCGAUUGCCUCCACGCCCAAGAGGUCCUUACGAAAGAUUCAAACAUGACCCGGGUCCGCAGCUCCAGAAACUGGCGGCCCCAGUAGCAGCCUGCCUAGUUAACUAGUUCAAUGAAUCUGCGCACUCACAGCCUCAUUAGUGGGCGACGGAUUUCGCAUAAGCAAAGACAACACGGUGAGGGAUACGCGCGGAGACCCUGAAAUUUUUUGGACCACUUUGAAAAUCCGUAGUUAGUAUGGCCACAGUGCUCCGACAAGUCGCAAUCAGCGUCAGCAACUAGUCCGGGUAGACGCUUACGGAAGACCAAUAUCAUCCUCAUCCUCUUCCAAUCGUAAUCUAUCCAGCAGGAAAAAAAGUGUGUGAGUCUAUACCGUCUAUAGGCACUAGGAGCAUCUUGACAAAUCAGUGCGCCCCCAUGACAAAAAAAAUUCCAAACUGUUGAGCGCAGCUGGUAGAACGUGCAUCAACCCCUUAUGAAGAAAGAACAAGGUAUAAAACUUUCCAUGAUAGUAAUCUUCGUUUUGCAUGAAGAUCAUGACAUCUGUAGAAACAGUCUUGGUCGCUCUGCAUGAUAGAUAAUUGCUUGUACUCACUCAGUUUUUUCUUGGAUGCAAGAACCCUUUUCAGAUGCACGACGAUCCUCAGUGGAUCGGGAGUUUGGUGCAGCAGUACCACCGAGGGGGCAGUGCAUCCUCGGUUGUGCCCGCGCAGCAACUACAGGGCUACAGCUACCACCCGCAGCAGCAACCGCCGGUAUUCACAUCGCCGACCAGCCGCGCGUUCGAUCCGCCGCCCAGGUUGGUGAUGAGUAGUACGGUAUCCUAUGUAAAAACGUCCCAACAUGGGGAUUUUGCAACACAAACCUUGAAGUUUUGGGAACCAAGCAUGACAAAUUGCAGGCUGUAGUGUAGUGCAGUUUAGCAAGGGAAGCCGCAUAACAAAUCGAUCUCCUUAUGCUGUUUACAGCAUUACAAGUUCCAAAACGCGAUUGAUUUUGCCGAUCAUGGGAUCGCGCAUUACAAACGCUCUUGUGCUCGCAGAUCUGCAUUACAACUCUGGGGUGGGGACGUUUUUACUCAGGAUAUACGGCCGCAGCGCCCUCCGCGCAGCCGCAGAGUAGACCGACGUCGGCCUUGCAGCAGUUACGCAUCAGGCAGCAGUAUCAAAUGCAAAAAUGUCUGGGUCUGGAAGAAUGCAACUUGUGAUGCUGCAUUUGGACUCCAAAAAAAUCUGUAUUGCAUGAGUAGCAAAGGGAAUGCAAUUUUUGCUACGCUGAGAAGGCAUUUCUCAUGCGGAAUAGGCAUCAAAAAGCCCUCAAAAAAUCUGUAUCGCUAGGGUAUGCAUCACAGACAUGGUGGCUCAUGCAAAACGUGCAUGACAAGUGUCAGAAUCUUCCAGACCCAGACAUUUUUACAGUUGAUAAGCAGCAGAUGCAACAGCUCGGCCCGGCUGCAGGAUCAUCUUACGUCGGCGGCACCGUGCACAGAGGUAAAUACAAUUGAUGUCAUUUUAUUCGUUUGAUGAAAAAUCAAAAUGCUUGUCGUGCUUUCGCUUACUACUUUGAAUUGAAGAACCUACUUCGGCGGCACGAUGAUUUGAUCAGCUACAAUUCCGGGGGUUUUAUUCGUUUUGCUCUUGACUUUCUUGCCCAUUUCUGCUAUCAAGGUGCGUCGGUUCCGAAUCCGCAAAUGCAAGCGUACGGGCAACCACAGAUGCAAGUCGCGAGAUAGCGCUUGGUAGUCUGAGAACGGGAGGGAUCAACAAACCCAGAAAUUGCUCGGAAAGUUUCAUGAUCUGGAACGUCGUUGAACGUCUGUCUUUCUUCAAUUUCAAUCAAUUACAAGCCAAUACUUCAUUUUCAAUCAAUUACAAGCCAGUUUUUAUCUAAUGACUUCAGGGUUUGAUAUCGCUAAGAACUUACUAGGAACUGCAGGCGCACGGUCGGAGUGAAGACACGUUGUGCCUGCUCAGUUCUUGUCCUGCGGCUCUCCAGGGUCGCAAAACAAAAUUGAACUUUUCUCGCUUUUCCAUGCCACUGCGUGUGACAUCAGGACUGGGUGAUGUAGUUUUCAUGCAAUUGCUCUCGUGGUUGUGGUUCCACUUCUUUGCAGCUAGGAGUAAUCCAAGUAGAACUCCCGAGAUCUUCAAAUUCGAAAGCCUCGAAGGGAUGAAAAAUACGUAUUGAGGACACGUAAAUCCAACGUAGUGGUAGUCGUUCUGUAACUCCCGGGCAUUAUUAGAGCACCACGUGAGCAAGAGCAGGCUCCCGCCAAAUAGUAGACUUGAAACUUCGUCCGAUUUCUCUACCGCUGUGACCACGUGGUCAUCUGGUCCUGUAGGUCUAUCCGCGCAUGGCAGCACAGUGCGUUUUUACACGCCGAAAAAUUAAAGCAGCGGAAGAAGGAUUUUUAUCGGAAGUAGAGGAGGCUUCGAUUUCAAUUCCAUCGCUGUGUUAUCAAUUAUCGACAUUUUUCUCUUGUAUCUAUCCCUUUGUUUGGAUUGGAGCCGAGGAAAAGACUCUAUGAACCAAAAAAUGCACGAAGCAGCUCAGGUAUUUUGUGAGCUGUGGAACGAAAAUCAAUGGUGAAAAUGUGGAAAAAUAAAGUCAUCAGCCUCUAGUAUGACGUCGCUGUUGUAUUUGUUGUGAAAUACUGUUUGAACUUAUCAAUUGUAUGAUAACGGGAAACUUUUUUCGGCAUUAU